AUGAACCCCAACGGACCAUCCGACGUCUACUACGGACAGAUGUCCCAGGGUAGUUCGAUGCCCGUCACGACGGUGCCUUCCCACUCCCAUUACCCUCCUCAACAGCCCCCGCCGCUUUCCACCUAUGCUCACCAGUAUGGCAACCCCCAAUACGGAUACGCCAAUGCUCUUAGCUCCCCGGCCCCGAUUCCGCCGUCUCUUCCUCCGUCCAUGAACUCGAUGGCCGGCCAAUCGGUCUUGCCCCUUCCUGGCAGCAGCAGCAUGGGACAAGCUUACCAAACUGGUGGUUUCGACACAACUGGUCAAAUUGCGCCCCCCGGCAUGAAGCCUCGUGUGACUGCCACGCUGUGGGAAGAUGAGGGCAGUCUGUGCUUUCAGGUCGAGGCGAGAGGCAUCUGUGUUGCUCGCAGGGAAGACAAUGCCAUGAUCAACGGCACCAAGCUGCUCAACGUCGCUGGCAUGACCCGCGGACGCCGUGACGGUAUUCUCAAGAGCGAGAAGGUCCGCCACGUUGUGAAGAUUGGCCCGAUGCACCUCAAGGGUGUCUGGAUCCCCUUCGAGAGAGCCCUGGAUUUCGCCAACAAGGAAAAGAUCACCGAGCUUCUUUAUCCUCUGUUCGUACACAACAUCGGCGCCCUGCUGUACCACCCUACCAACCAGAGCCGGACCAGCCAGGUUAUGGCCGCUGCUGAGCAACGCAGGAAAGACAGCCAAGGUCAACUUCGCGGCCCCCCCGGGUUGCCAUCCCUCCAACAACAUCACCAUCACUCUAUGCUUCCAGGUCCUCCGUCCUUGCCCUCGCAUCAUGGCAUGGGACGGCCGGCGCUUGACCGUGCACACACCUUCCCUACACCGCCAACUAGUGCCUCGAGCGUGAUGGGCUCUAUGGGCAAUUCGGACGGCUAUCAGUGGAGCCAACAGAGCAUGAAUGGCCCGCAGGGCAACAGCUCGAUCUCUCUUGACACAAGCCUCGGUAGCAAUGCUCGCUCUAUGCCUAACACUCCAGCGACAACUCCCCCAGGUUCGACAAUCCAGAGUAUGCAAAACUACCCUCCCGUCAGCCAGUCAUAUGACAGCUCUCGCCAGAUGUACCAAGGACAUUCUGCCCAGCAAGCUCAGUACCAGAGCCAACAGCACUAUCCUAGCCAAUCCCAGCAUCAGGACCGGUCCGUCUACAACCAGAGCAGCUACAUUAAGAACGAUAUGGGCCCGCCCUCCGGUAGACCUACCGGCCAGUCCAAUGACACAUCCGACUCCAAGCCGCCUAGUGGCUUGAGUCACCAGAGCCAAGGGCAAAGCGACUCCGGUGCUCAUGCAGGCUCCGAAGAGGAGGAUGACGCGAACAACGAUGGCGAGUACACCCACGACAGCAGCGGCUAUGACGCGAACCGCGGGUCAUACAACUACAGCACACAAGCCGUCAACUCGCUGCCGCACGACCACGGUCUUGCCCCUGAGAUUGGUGGCUCCCCCCAUCAGGCUGGAUCAGGCCGCGCUACCCCAAGAACCGCAGCGGCGCCUCCGAACUAUUAUUCUGCGCAGGGUUACCAUACUCCCCCGCGCGGCCAGCCCUCAAGCAGCUUGUACAAUGUUAUGAGCAACGAGCGAACCGGUAGCAACGGUACACAAGGAAAUGACCUGUAUGCGGGCGCGGCUGAUAUGCCUAGUUCCCUGCAGAACGGCUACUCCGCUCAGCCAUCCGUUAUGAACGGAAGCUCCGGUGGGCUGAAGCGGGGACGGGACGAUGAUGAUGAUGGCGGUAGGCCUACGACCGGCGCCCCUAACCUGGGUCAAGGGAAUGGACAUGAAGCGCCGCAAGACUAUGAUGGACGGAGGCAGCCUCCCAUCACCUACGUACACGGCCACUAUCUCGCAAGCCGCACCAUCAGCUAUCGCGGCCCAGAGGCGGAGGUAAACAUUGAGUGA